UGCUGCCACAUGUAAAAGAUGGAGGUCCUGGAGAACAUGGGCGAGGGAGCCAUGGAGACGGAGGGGUCCGCCGUCAUGGCAACCCUUCUCAACGGCAGCUUGGAUGGCUCUGCAAACUUCACCAACCUCACCUUCUUCCCCUACUACCAACACUCCCUGUACGUAGCGGCCAGCUACAUCCUGGCCUACUCCUUCAUCUUCCUGCUGUGCAUGGUGGGAAACGUCCUGGUGUGUCUGAUCGUCAUGGAGAACCGAUGCAUGCGCACAGUGACCAACCUCUUCAUCCUCAACCUGGCGGUCAGCGACCUCCUCGUGGGGAUCUUCUGCAUCCCUACAACUCUGGUGGACAACCUCAUCACAGGAUGGCCCUUCUCCAACACAGUGUGCAAGAUGAGUGGGUUUGUGCAGGGCGUGUCCGUGUCAGCCUCGGUAUUCACCCUGGUAGCAAUUGCCAUUGAAAGGUUCCGUUGCAUUGUGUAUCCUCUCCAGCCCAAGCUGACUCUGCUCGUUGCCAAGGUAGCCAUUGUGUCCAUCUGGGUGUUAGCAGUGGCUAUUAUGUGUCCCGCGGCAUUAGCACUGACUGUGGAGAAAGUCCCUUUCCAUUACAUGGUCUACAAUGACGACUUCAAUCACACGCUGCCCCUUUACACCUGCUAUGAAAACUUUGCCAAUCCCCACAUGAGAAAGGUCUACACGGCGGUUCUCUUCGCCCACAUCUACCUGGUUCCCCUCACCGUCAUCACGCUGAUGUACGUGAGCAUCGGCGUCAAACUCUGCUCCUCCGCAGUCGCGAACCGAGAGCCCCAGUUGGGCAACAUCACGGUCCAGGCGGGAGGCAGGAGACACGCUCAGCAAGUGGUAUCCCAGAAAAAGAUCAAGGUCAUAAAGAUGCUCAUCAUGGUGGCGUUGCUGUUCAUGCUGUCCUGGUUGCCCCUCUGGACCCUCAUGAUGAUGGCGGACUAUGGUGGACUGGACAGGGACCAGCUGGACCUCCUCACCAGCUACAUCUUCCCCUUCGCCCACUGGUUGGCCUUCUCCAACUCCAGCGUCAAUCCCAUCGUCUACGGCUACUACAAUAAGAACUUCAAGAGGGGCUUUCAGGCGGUGUGCAAGACGAAGCCCUUCUGCUGCGUCGCCCGGCUGCAGUGCAGAAUGCCUCAAUGGGGACGGAGAGGAAGAUCUGCACAAGCGCUGUCGGAAGGGACCGAACUGAGAGAUGGCAGCAACAACCACAGCAACUUUCUGUUGGGACUAAGAAACCGCGUUCACAAUGACAACAAACUGAGCGAAACGCCAGAAAUAAACAGGAGCUCGAGAAUGGGGUGUAUGGUGGUCCACAAAGGCAGAAGUCUCUCUGAUCAGGGGAUAGAAAUGGUAGCCAUACAUAAGAAAAGCAGUAAUGACGAAGGCUCUGAGAAGGUCAGCUCACUAGCGGUUUCAGUGUAUCAGGCAUGGGAUAACUGAGGAAUGCCUGGAACAAAAUAUGAAUCAAACAAAGCCAUAACACAGUGCAUUGGUAAAGACAACGUCAUUAUUAGGACUCUCACUCAAAGCCCACAAACCCUGGAUCAGGUCUAAACUUUCCAGUUAAAGCUGCAGUAUAUAUAUAAAAAAAAUGCUUUUUACAUAUUUGUUAAAAGUUUAAGACAGCUAAUCUGUGAAAAAAAUCGAACUCCUCUGCCUUCUCAGUUCUCUGCGAUAACUACAGAAAUACAACACUCAAUCAUAAACAACCAAUCAGAGCCAGGAGGAGGGUCUUAUGGCGCGUUCACACCAAACACGUUUUGAGCGUCAGGCACGUCUGGUUUACAUUCAAAGUCUAUGUGGAGGCGCGAUAUCGAGCGUCUAGCGCGGCACAAUUUGAACCAUUUUGAGCGUUUGACACGUCGAGCUCAUCCAACGCGGCCAACGCUCCACCGAGACUUUAAACGUAAACCAGACCUGACGCUCAAAAGACAUUUGGCGCGAACGCACCAAAAGUGCACACUUGUCGAACUUGAAGCGUCAGACCCGUUUUUGAUGCACGCAGUGCGUUUCGUGUGAACGCACCACUAGUGCUGUCUAUCAGUUUUAACAAAUAUUUUUGUAAAAGGUACAGCUUUAAGUCGUUUCAGCUGAAUAUUGCUGCCUCUUUGCAGGCAUGGUGGAAUUAAGAGGUAAAAUACUCCAUUGUGGGUGUUGUAAGCAAAUGCCUGUAAAAGAAUGCAAUCUUGAAUAAAACCCAGAUCAAACUAUCAGACGUAUGAGGAAACAACAAGGCGACUGGUUGGACCUGAAAUCAUCAACUACUUCAAAUGGAAACACAAACUAAACACACAUUUAUGUAGGUCUGAGAUAUUCUUAGCCGCCAUAUUGUCAAGUACGUUUCGGCUUGGCUACAAAGAGCCUUCGAGAAGAACCGCAGAACCUUUGAGGCUCUUAUAUGAAAGUAAUUUUAAGAAAAAUGUGCACAUAUUAAACAUUACACAACCUGUCCCCCAGUCUGCUUAAUGGACAUAAAAUGACUAUUAAAAGCAUUAAAGGUGACCUUAAGAUGCACUGUAGUCAGUGCAAAAAGAGCCUCAUCACUCUGCCACUAUAAUUUAUAUCAAUUAAUUCUCCCUCUCCAUUCAUGUAUAUUAAAGCUCAGCAUCAGCCUGACCUGUACAUUAUAAAAACGGAGCAUUUACGUUCUCAUUUCAGCUGCCAUGCCUUCCUUUCUUCUCUGACAGCCAUUUUUGUUUGCCGUUCUUUUAUUUUCAACCGGUACGUUAAGCUCAGCUUGUUCUCUGUCGUGAAACAAUGUCAGAUCCUGCAACAUAAAACAGCUAGCAUUCACUGAAAAAUGUGCCUCUAAAGAAAAUAAAACUACCUCUGUUUUGUAAAUGCACAAAAGUCAGUGAAAACUGCUUUCAUACACAAUUAAGAACUCAAAACAAAAACUGUUAGUCGACUACCUCAACUCACACCAGGGUAAUUUGUAUAUAAACUGAAUCAUCAAGCUAGUUUAGCACCACCAACUUCAAUUUUUGAAAUUAAAAAAAGAUCCAAAUUCCAUUGAAAAUAAAUCAGAAAAUCCUUGCUGAUCAUAAGUACUUUACAUAAUGUAAUGUUACAUAAGCCUCCGCCUUAACUCUGAGCUACUCUGACUUAAACAAAGCUUGAAUCCCAAAAUAAGAUAAACUUCAUCUCAUUUAAAUAACGAAAAACAUUGCUUUAGAUUUAAUAAAUAUUGUUCUAUUGUUACUGCUGUCCUUUCUGAAGUUUUCCACAAGUAAUUCAGUGCCAAACUGGAGUAAGUGAUCCCUUAACUGCAGUAUGAAUACAUGUAAGAAUCUGUGCCACGAACGUUGACAUUUUGUUUCAGUCUGGAUGCAGUGACUGCCUUAGAGUUCACCCUUUCAAUUGAAUAAGUUAGCUAAUAUUUAUUUGACCACUGGGGGGCAGUGGUCAUAGCUUGUGUGUGUGCAGAGUAUCCAGAUGGUUGUAAGACAGAAAGAAGGAAAGAAGUGAAGAAACAAGUCAAGAAAGAAAGAAACAAAGAAAAAAUGCGGAAAGUAACUUCAUCAGUCUGUAACAGAUUACUGUAAAUUUCACACCGUACCAAAACUCCCACAAAACACUAAACAGUGGUGGAUCAUCAGCAGCUGCAAUUCCAUUGACCAGAAUAUUGCACAAUUUGACAAUUCGAAAAUAAAAAUGGGAACACGGCAAUUACAAACAGACUAAUUUUCUGAUUGCAGAUUGUGCCGCUGAGAUGGGUUUUCUUUGGCCAUAUCAAAAUUAGUUCAUUUUGCAAAACUGCAAUAGAAAUCUUUGUUUUGCAUCAGGCGAGUCACAUGAUCAACAGCCAGAUGUUGCCGCUGGUUGCAAACCACAAAGAAGAAGACAGGAAGUAGGAGGACGACUGCGCGGCAUAUUUCUUUAUUGACUUAACGCGUGAACAAGCUUAUUCACGUGUGACUUUAAUUGCAUUUCCUACUUAUUGGAAACGCCACAAUUGUGCAUCGAAAUUGAGUUAUUUCAACAAUAGCAGAACACUGACAAAAUUUUGCACACAGUUGUCCUGGAAUGCAGCUGGAGAUGAACAGGUCGCGUAGAGUGAUGUUUUCCUGGAUUCAUAAAUGCUCUUCGCACCUGAGUUUAUAAGCACCGUCAUUGGUUUAAGAAGUGUUAAAGGCUCGGAGUAUAUAUCUCCAGAUGGAAGCAGCCUUCAAUAAAUAUCGGUCAGAAGAUGAAAAUGCCGGUUUCCAGCUGAGAGAGCGUUGGCGUCGACUGUGAGCUUAAGCAUUGGAAUGGUGAUGUUAGGAAAUGUGGCAGCGGUAAUGCUAAGACGGACGCUGUUUCUCCACAAAGUCGUAACACAGGAGAGGGGAAAUCCAUUGACUGAAAGGAACAUUUUGAGUGAUUUAACUAUGCCGUGGUCUGUUUGUGGAAAACCAAACCCAUACAGAUUGCUAGAACCAGUUGAGAGCCAGCUCUGGUUUGGCACUGGAACUGCAUUGGUGGAGGGGAAAUCUGUUAAAAUGAAGGAGAAUAAAGAUUCAAUGACAUCAUUCUUAAUUUGACUUUUCAUCCUGCUGUUUUGUGUGAGAGUCAGCAGAGAGGAGAGAAAAUGAUUAAAUUGAACUCUAUUUUAUCCAGGUAUAGAGAAGGAAUCUCUCUAAACUAGCUAAAGAUGAAGGUGUGAGAACUAAAAACCUAAAAAAAAGGUUCUUGGACACAUGAAAGAAGAUGUGUCGAAAGAAACCAAAGUAAAAAUGGACAAAGUACUGAAGUAAGAAAGUGAAAAGUGAAAAUAUGAGCUGAAGCCAACAUAAAGUUCAAUUUAUAAAAAAUACUUAAACAGUACAGCUUACUAGGUGUUGUCUAAUUUAAUGUUCUUGCUUCUUCUAAUGCAAAUGUGUUCUGAUGCAUGAAUAAACUAACUGUGCAUUUGGAUAAUAUGCAAACUGCUGUGUAAAAUUAGAACGCUUCAUAACAAUUAAUGAUAAAUAACUCGAGCUUAUUCACGUGCAACUUUAUGACAUUAAGCAUACUAAAAAGGCAGUCUAAACUGAUAAUCAUGAUUACUUGCUGCUUACGAAUAUUUUUCUUAGAAGUUGGAUGGAUUUAGACUGUAUUUAUGUUUCAGUUGCCAAAUUUGCACUUAGAUGGCUCUUGCGGUGAAGAUUUAAACAACCACAGCCUGGCACAACAAGUGACUCAAACUUUCACAGCAGAAUUUACAUAUGAGCCAAAAAAUAAAAAUAAAAAAACCCUCCCAGUUAACUGACAGGGCUGCUUGGAGUCAUCGUAAAUGGUUAGAAAGGUGUCACAUCUUUUGGUUUUGGGCUGAAUUCCAGCUGUCCAAGAACUCUAAAGUGUAAAACUUCUCCAUGGACGUUGUCAGCUUCUAUUUACUUCAGUUCGCUGAACCCAGUUGAGGUUAGUUCCCUUGAUGACGGUGGCAGAACAUCCAGGCUGUCUGAAACUGCUCAGCUCACACUGGAAGCAUCGCUAUGCAGACUUGCAGAGGAAUUUCUCAGCUGUGCACAAAGUCUUAGCAGACAAAAUGGAUCAGCACCGUAUGGAUGUACUUGCACUGUAGACUAUCGAAAUGGCAUUUGGGUAAAUCCAAAGUACACUACUCGCAAAAUGUUAGAGAUAUUCUCCUUUUGGGUGACAUUUGAAACUGAGAUUCACAACAACCUUUACAGGUGAACUUAAGGCGAUUUUCUCUAAACAGUCAAUUUCCCAUGUCCAAUUGUUCAAUGUUUCUCUAUGUUUUGUUCUUUAACAAGGAGCCAAACAACAAAAUUCACAACAGGUGUUUGAUCCAUUGGUCAACCAAUACAUUUCCUAGUUCAAUCAGAAUUGGUAUUUAAAGAGUUCUCCUUAUCAUACUAUUCACAUUUUUAAUAGUAUGAUAUUCAAUAAAUCUUAAAGAAAUCUUAGAUCUACAAAGAACACCAGCAGUUCUUUGUAUAUAUAAAUAUAUACAUUUCCUCUUGAGACUAUUUUUUUGGAUGUUACGGUGUGGCUGCCGUAUGUUGUUUAAAUGUCUGAUCAGAGCUGUAUCCUUCCACGUCUAGUUUCCUAAUCGGUAAUAAUUCUUAAGACCAACACGUCACCUAACAACUGGUCAACAGUACUCAGGAUUCGAACGGGAUGUUUUUCCUAGAUGGAAGUGGCCACUUUAGAGUGUGUCAUCAGAAAGACUGGGAGAGACACAGGAAGGUAUAGAAGUGAACGUCCGUUGGCCAGACUUUACGCUGAUAGCCGCUUCAUUGCGUAGUGUCCCGCCGAACCACAUAUAAGGGAGUUGAGAGGCACCCAAAUGUCACAUCAGACCAUUCGAAACUGUUCACAUCUGUGUGACCUGUGGGGGUACCAGACCACCAGGCACAGGUUUCAUCGACUUGUAUGGGCCAGAGAGUUUACACUGGCCUCAGUACUGCUCUCUGAUGAAAGUUGAUUUAUGUUGAGCAGAAAUUAUAGCCACCAAUGAUGUUGGACUUGUCAAUGAGAGUGCUAAGCAUCAGCCACUGUUUUUGGCAGAUGAGAUGUUUUAGGUGAUGGUGUUGGUAAAAAACGGGCAGAUGUGUCUAGUCAAUACAGAACUACCCCACAUUUUGUCAAGGUUACAGUGACCAGCCCGUACCACCUGAAUAGCAUUAUAAAUCUGUUUACUGUGCCCCCGCAUGAACAACACAGGCCUAAUUUUCUCUUCAUUGAGCUCAUUGAAGUUACAUCAUUAGGGAACGUCUAAGGGGAACUGGAGUACCUCAAAUUAAGUGGGCUGCAUUUCUCCAGACUUGAGUCAUCAUGAAGAUGAUCAUAACUCUCUACCCCAGAACCUCAAUGACUUGAAGGCCAUUCUUCAAGAUGAAUAGGAUGCCAUGCCUGAACAGACAAUGAGUCAACUUGUGAACAUCAUGAGACAUUGCUGCCAAUCUGGAAAUAAUGCCCAAGGGAAUCAAAUCCAUAAUAUUUUUUGUUGUGGCAUGCCUACCACUGUUAUGUUGCAAUCAUCAUUGCAUUCGUCUCCAUUUAUGCCAUACGUUUAUGAUAUAACAUCAUAGGAACAUGAGCUUUUCAUGGUUUCUAUGCAUUUUACCCAAAAGUGGGGUAUCCCUAACUUUUUUUUUAGAACUUACACUUUUAUUAUUUUUACAGAUGCGAGCAAUUAUACAGCCAUACAUCAGUAGUAUAUAACACAAGUGUUGACAAUAUGAAGCUUUCCAUAAAAUAAACAUCUUAGCAUGAUAUCUUACGACCUCAGUAUCACAUCUGUAGACUCAUCACCCUACAACUAUAAAAUAAGGAUAACACUUUGGGUGGGAUAGCUAAACACCAUAUGCCAAAAGACAAACUUGUUGGACUUAUUUACAUCAACAGAACUUCUGCUGGCCCCCAGCGCAGGCUACAAAUAGGUUUUUGAAGUCUUAAUGAGUAGGUUAUUUUUUCCAUUUUAUACAAUUCCCUUACUUUUUGAACCCAUAAGUCGUAGGAAGGUGGUUCCAAUUGCAUCCACUUGAUUGUAAUGCAUUUCAGGGCUGCUGUAAAAAGGACAUUCAACAGAUAUACUUUGGCCGUCCUUGCAAACCAUCUGGUAUAAAUACUAAGUAACGCAACUGUAAUAUCCUUUGGUAUAACUUUCAGAAAGAUUUGGUUUAUAGCCCUGUGCACCUCAUCCCAAAAGUUUUGAAGUUUGGGGCAUGACCAAAAAAUGUGUGUAUGAUUGGGGACCGCUGAGCCACAGUUUCUCCAACACAAGCUUGGUACUUUAGGAUCCAUCUUAGCAACUACAUCUGGGUUCCUGAAAUAUCUGCUAAUAAUUUUCCAUUUAUAUUCCCGCCACGUAUUUGAGUUUGUAACACGAUGUGCCUCAGUCCAGACUCCCUCCCAUGUUUCGUCAGAAAUUAUUUUGGCCGCCUCUGGCUCCCAUCUUUGUUUUGUCCAAGUGGGAUCAUCCCUAACUUUUUGUGAGUAGUAUAUGUUUGCAUUAGCACAGGCAGAAUGAAAAUGGACAUUAAAUUAGGACAUCAGCAUGCCCAUAAAGCUGAGCCCAGUAGAAGUAAGAAACUCUUCAGUCAAUGUGAUGAAUGGAAAACUACUGACCUCAACUCACCUUUAGAUAGAGUUCCUCUUUUCGUCAUGUGUAACCCCAGCCUUUCUCACAGAACCCAACAUGAAAUAUGCACCUCAAAGUGGUUUUCCCAAAUCAUGACCCUGGGUUAAACCCGUUGCCAGUAUCUGUAAGGGUGAGCAACCCAAGGCCUGUGUGGUGUUAAGCAGUCAUGUGUUGAUGUGGCUUAGUAUUGGUUAGCCAUAAACUUAAAGCCAGAUUCCUAAUUAUAAAUGCUUUGGUAAUCUGGCUGUGCCUUGUUGUGUUCCCAAAAUGAACAGGGAUAAAGUGCAUUGAAAAAAAAACAACAACCACGAAACUGAACAAAUAUGAAACAUGAUGAUAGUAUCUUAAUUGCAAACUCUGAGCAGAUGUGAUUACUGUAAAAAUUGUAUGUUUCUAGUUCUAUGUUUUCAUCAUAAAGAUGACUGUAAAAGCGAAUAAGGUGGGUGAGCACAAUAUGUAAAAGUUCUGUGUGGAGAAAUGUCAACUAUUAAACCUUACUGCUUUUUUUCCAAAUAGUGCAAAGAGAGACAAAUGUGAGGUGUUCGAAAUAGACGACUGGAACGUAACGCAACAGACUAAGUCACAUUAGAGUCAUCUUUUAAAGGCAUAAUUAUGUGA